GUUGCCAUCAAAUGCACUCACGCGGCCAAGAUAUCUCUUUGUGAAUUGCAGUAGGCUACUGUACACUCGGGGCGGAUUUUGACCUCGCUACUCUCGAAGCAUCACUAAUCUGCGGAUGACAUUCAUGCAUAGACCACUACUGGAUUUAUUUCCAGAAAUUAUUUCCGCUAUUGAACCGAAAACGUAAAAACAGCAAGGACAUUAUCAGGCUAGAAUAAGACAAUAGACAAAACGUAUUCGGGUAUGACGGUUAAAAUGCCGGUUGGCAUUGUAUCACUGCACUGGCGUUGCAAUUUAUUGUAGCUAUGCAGACCUUAAUACUGCAUUUGCUCACAGAUUCCAUCCACCAGUACUGCCGGACAUUAUCCACGAGCGAGUCCGGGUAGUCUAUUGCAGUAAUUUUGUAGGUGACACAACUUGUGGGAAUCUAAUGUUGACAGCCUAGCUGUUUUGGAAGAUAUUUUAUAUCGGCCAAAUAUUAUCCACGAGAUACAACUUGGUCCCAUUGUCAUUCAAUGUCUAAUAGUGCCAUUCAAAAGCUUCCCUAUGGAUGAGCCUGGGAAUGACUUCAAUGGAUCUUUUUGGAAGUGCGAGGCAGGGAUGUAAUGGAUUGGUCCCAUGGCUUGCGAGCUCCCUCUUCCCAGUAUGUCCAGCUUUGGCAAGCCUCCCCCACUCUCCGGAGAAGUGGCAGGCUCUAACUCUCUGGCAUGGGUCAAGCUCUUCAAAAAGCCUGGAGUUGUUGGUGGUAGUGGGGGUCUGGGGAAAUCCUAUCAGCCUGGGAGCAUGUUGUCUCUGGCUCUAACCAAAGGCCUGCUGAACGAACCAGGCCAGAAUAGCUGCUUCCUCAACAGUGCCGUACAGGUGUUAUGGCAGUUGGACAUUUUCAGGAGGAGUUUGAGACAGCUUCCUGGUCAUUUUUGUCUAGGGGAUGCCUGCAUUUUUUGUGCUUUAAAGAGUAUUUUCAGCCAGUUCCAGGAAAGCCAAGAGCGAGCGUUGCCUUCGGAUAGCCUGCGUCACGCCCUCGCAGAAACCUUUAAGGACGAGCAGCGUUUCCAACUUGGCCACAUGGACGACGCUGCAGAGUGCUUUGAGAACAUUCUGGAGAGGAUUCACCUGCACAUAGUUUCUGACACGGCGACUGAGGCCUGCACAUCCAAGUCCUGCAUUACCCACCAGAAGUUUGCCAUGAUACUUUAUGAACAGUUUGUAUGUCGUAGUUGUGGCGCCUCCUCGGACCCCCUUCCUUUCACAGAGCUAGUGCAUUAUGUCUCCACCACAGCCCUAUGCCAACAGGUGGACCGCGUCUUGGGGCAGAACGACAGGAUUCGGUCGGACAUGUUCGGGGAAUUGCUGCAGGCGGCAAACACCAUCGAUGACCUACGUAACUGUCCGAGCAACUGUGGCCAGAGCAUCAAGAUCCGCCGGGUUCUCAUGAACCACCCAGAGAUCGUCACCAUUGGCUUUGUGUGGGACGCAGAGCAGUCUGACCUUACAGAGGACGUGGUGAGGUCACUGGGUCCACAUCUCAACCUCUCGGGGCUGUUCAACCGGGUCACUGAUGAGAACGCCAAAAGGAGUGAGUUACAUCUCGUGGGAAUGAUUUGUUUCUCCAGCAAACAUUACUCUGCGUUCGCUUAUCACAGCAAGUCCUCAAAAUGGGUCUUCUUUGAUGACGCCACCGUGAAAGAGAUCGGAUCCAAGUGGAAAGACGUGGCCUCUAAAUGCAUCCGGGGACAUUUCCAGCCACUGCUCCUGUUCUACACUAACCUGGAGGGGACCCCAGUCUCCAGCGAGGAUGCGCCAAGACAAACGAUUAUGUGUCCCCGCUUCAAAGCCCACGUCAACGGGGAAGUGCCAGUAGGGAUGAAGAAGUUGGAUGCCAUCCGGGAGAAUGCAGGCCCAUUCCGCUCCAACCAGGGGCCCUAUAAGCAGAUGCUACUUCCACCCUCCACCUCAGGCUACAAAAGAGUGAAAGGCCCACCUUGUAGUCCCAACAAAUCCCGGGUUCCUUACAAGGAGACUUCCCAGAGGGUUGUAGAGGGGAUAAAGAAGGAGGCCGAAAGAGGGCGUCGAAAACCAGAUCUACACAAAGAUAUGUCCUAUGCCAGAUCCCCACCUGAGGGCGGGCUGAGGCAGCACGCUGACCAGAGGUUGCGAGGCGGCAGUGGAGCCCGGGCUGACAAGUUGUCAUCCUCCCACCAGAGCAGAGCUUCCCAGGACCCAGACCCACGCUCUCAGUCCGGUGCCCUUGGCGGACACAGUUGGAGACAGGAAACCUCCCCUGGUCACCAAGAACACGACGGCAGCCAGGACGCGUGGGAUAAGGGCAGCAUGUUGGGAGCGGGCCAUAACAAAGCCAAGCCCUCCUGGAGGCCAAUCCGGGAAGUUCUGAAUGUGGACAGCGUCUUGAACGACCUUGAACGGCGACAACAACAGCAGCACUAUGGCGGUGGUGGUAGCCCCCGGCUCGCUAAACCCUCCUAUCAGGAGGUCCCGCAUGGCAGCGAACAGGACAACCGGGACUGGGAAAAAGAGCGGGAAAAGGAUAAAGAGCGGGAACGGGACCGUCUCAGGAUGAGGGAAGAGUGCAAGCAGCAGAAGUGCUUGAUGACAAUUUACGAGGACGAGCAGCGGCAAGAGACAGAGAGCCACAGCUCCCUCGAAUCGGAGGGCAGGGCAAGUGGGCACGGCGACCAGGGAUGUGGAGGGGAUGGAAGCAGCGGGAGUAGGGCCAAGGGCGGGGCCAAAGCCCUGUUGCGCAGUGACACCUGGACCAUCCAGAGAACUGAGUCGGGAUACGAGAGCAGCGACCGGCUGAGCAGCGGCUCCACCAACCCUGACUCGCCAGGGGUGGACAGCUUUGCCGGGAAGGAGCAGCGGUUGACACCAGAGGUGCAGUCUCAGAGGGGUCAGCUUCACCCAAACAGGUGCAAUUCAAAACCUGAUGCGGUACGCUCCCCUUUGCAUCCAGGUAAACAUCAACUGACAACUCAGGGAAAGAAUUGUGACCAUCAAGUUUCACAUCUCCUGAAAAGUAGUCCAAGUUCAAGACAGAAAUGUAGAUACAGCCCCUGUAGUUCUAAGAAAGGAGCUGGUCUGGAGAGGGACGCCAGCUCCUCAGACAACAGGAGCAGUCACAUGAUGGAAUCGCCAGAGAUGAGUAACAACAACAGAGGUGGUCACCAUGGCGAUAGCCCCGCCCUGCGGCGCUUGGGUGAACCCAGCAGCUCGGAGUGGAACAACUCCGACAACCUGACUGGGAAUCUCUCAGAACCAGAGGACAGUGCCUACCGCUCCAGCAACAGCAAGCCCCUUCUGUCCGAGUUGCCCUGUCCCCCCCACCACCUAGCCUUCCACCAACCCCCCCUUAUCGAACUGGAAGAGCCCUCAUCCCAACAUCAGCCCAUCACGCCACCACUACCUCACCCCAAAGCCGCCCAGCGAGCUUCCCCUCACCAGGGGGAUGUUGGCCGCCACUGCUUCCAUCCCAGGCUACUCCAGGAGCCCUCCCAGACCAGCCCCCGGCCCAGCGUCCGGCCCACCUCGGCCUCACAUACCCCUAUCCCCAACCGGAGGUCGGAAUCCAAUGGCCCUCUGCAGAGGCCCUCGUCGGGUGCCAGCUCCAAGUCGGGCUCGGACCCAGAGAGGAGUAACCCGUCGUCGGGCGAAAGUGAGGAGAGGCUGCCCAUCUGCAGGCCACCUGGAGCCGAGUCAGCGGCAGCCCAAGGGGUUUCCCUCACCACGUACUUCAACGUGGACAAUUGCAUGACGGACACAUACAGACUUAAGUACCAUCACCAGCGACCCCUCCUACUCUCGGCUAUCGUGCCGCGAGCACCGACGGAGCCCCGAGAACAUCCCAGCCACCACCUGCACCCCGCAAACACACACUCCAUGCUAGACCCACCCAAAACCCGGCCUGAUGCAGGCCAUAACAGCAAUAAGCCCACUGCAAAAUGGAACCCAGUGACAGCCAAAGCACUGGAUGAGCAUGGCUAUUUGUGAUGGUAUUACCUGGUCUGAUGUCCAUGGAAAAUAAUCUAUUGAACUGGAUGCCAAAGAGUCUGCUGACUGGAAAGGUGUUGCUCCUUCAAUUGAAAUCAGUGUCAAAUGCCAAAUCACUGAUGCACUGUGGGUUACAGAAGUACUUAUAUGUAUUUUGAAGUAAGAUAGUUUGAUAGUCCACUGUCAGAGAGAAAAAUGUUUAUGUAUGUUGAUAGAUGAGUUGGAAGUUGGAAAGGGCAGUCCAAGGCAUAUUACAGUAAAAUAUAAUGAUAACCUGUUGAAUAUACACUUGCUACAGUGUGACAUUGACCUCUGGGAUCAAGAGGUGUAUCUUUUGGUUUAAGGUAAUGUGCAUCCCUGAUUGUGUGGCCAACACAAAUUUGAUUUCCGAAUAUGAGCACCAAAUUCAGCAAUCUCAGAAUACAAACACUAACAUUGUGUUUGCAUACUUGUUAUCCUGCUGAAUAGACAACUGUUACAAUGUUAGCCAACCUGCAUGAGGACUUAUAAAGAGGUAACAAUAGUGAUGUGUACAGUAUGAGCAUGCGCAUGGCAUACUUUACAUUUGUAUCCAACCGACAUCCAAAUUCCAAUUGGUUUAUGUUAUUGGGUAUACUUCAAUUAUAUCUUCACUUUUUUGGGGACCUGCCUCAAUUUUUCCACGUACAGUACCAUGCAGUACCAGUACCAUGCAUGUACUUUAUAGGCCAUGAGAGACAUGCAUCUACAUGCAUGGAGAGACAUUUAUUUCAACCACUGCUAACUUGACCAACUUUAGCCACUGCCAACCAAAAAGUAAAAGGAAUGAUAGGGGAAAGCUCACUAUGUUCAGAAUCUGUGGCAAAAUCACCUCUAAGUAAAAUCAAUCAAUCAAUUAUCCACUGCUCUAAAAAAUAAAGGGAACACUUAAACAACACAAUGUAACUCCAAGUCAAUCACACUUCUGUGAAAUCAAAUUGUCCACUUAGGAAGCAAC